AUGCGGAAAAUUUACCUAAUUGCUUCAGUGCUAGCGACAUUUUCACAUGGCUUUCAGAUCGUACCGUCACGGAGUCUUCAUUCGCCGCUUUCGUAUCGAAGAACAGAACGCCACUUUUUCAACUUCGGCCAAAAGCCGCAACCAAAGCAAGCCGAGCCGGAGCCGUCAAAAAUUACUACUCCGGAGGAGGAGCCCGACGCCGUUGAAAAACUCUUUACCUUCUUUUUCGGGAAACCCGAAGAGGAACCCUUCGGUUUGAAGCGGUUCGGUAGGGAACGGUUUCCAGAGCAGUACCCGGCUACGGUGGACGACUUUGACGUGGCGUCGGUCGAAGCGGACGAUAAGGAAAUGGCCGCACUACGCCCUUUGUUGAAAAACACCAAUUUAGAGGAACGCGCUGUCUAUUUGACAUACAGCGCAAACAAUAAUGGAUGGAGUGCGGAAGCAUUCCACAACGCAGUGGAUCGAAAAGGAGGAGCGCUUGUUGUCUGUACCACCACCUCGGGACAAGUUUGUGGAGGGUAUAAUCCCAAAGGAUGGGUAGGUUACGGCGAAGCUCGUGGUUCAAUUGCAGCAUUUUUAUUUGUCCGUAACAAGGACGGAACUUUCACCAAACUAAGGAAAGUUGGUGGGGCUGGGCUGGCACAAAUCGACAAUCCAGAAUCGGGACCUUCCUUUGGUGUCGAUUCUCUGGUUAUUCCACUCAAUCGAGAUAACAAAAAAUUGGCACGAAGCAAGCUGGGUUCAUAUUACGAGCGGUUCGAAGAUGGAACCAACUCGCUGUUUGUUAGUCAAGCGGCAGUGCAACUACGUGAUUUGAAAGUCUACCACGGCGUAUACAAAGAUGGAGAAUUCAUUCCUUUUUCCGAUGCUGAACCGUUCGCGCUAUCCUAG